AUGAUAGACGUGGAGUCAGACAUAAUUAGUUGCUUACCAGAUCAUCUUAUAGAGCUGAUUCUCUCACACUUGUCAAUUAAGGAAGCAGUAAGAACAAGUGUUUUAUCGAGCAAUUGGAGAAAGAAAUGGUCCACUUUACCAGAUCUUGUGUUUGAUCGUGAAUGUGUAUCUACUGAAACUUCCAAACACCCUUCAGUUAUUGAGAGCAAGUUUUUAAGAAUUGUUGAUCAUGUACUUUUACUUCAUUCUGGGCCAAUCAACAAGUUUGAGGUCUCGGACUCCAAUCAAUAUUUCACUAUUGGUGUGAACUCUAUGGCUGAUAUUGAUCAGUGGAUUUUUCAGAUAUCCAAAAGGUAUAUUAAAGAGUUUGUGCUGGACAUUAGGUUAAAACCACGCUAUAAAAUACCUUGCUGCUUAUUCUCUUGUCAAAGUUUGCAACAUUUAGAACUGAAUUAUUGUUGCCUUAAUCCUCCAACGACGUUUGAAGGCUUCCGGAAUUUGAAAAGUCUUUCUUUGUUUGAAGUUACAAUGACUCAAGAUGCUUUUGAAAACAUGAUAUGUGGCUGCCCCCUGCUUGAAGAAUUGACAUUAUAUAAAAUUGAUGGUUUAUGGCUUAAACCUCCAACAACAUUUGAAGGCUUCCGGAAUUUGAAAAGUCUUUCUUUGUCUAAAGUUAGAAUGACUCAAGAUGCAUUUGAAAACAUGAUAUCUGGCUGCCCCCUGCUUGAAGAAUUGGCUUUGGAUAAAAUUGAUGGUUUAUGGCUUAAAGCUCCAACAACAUUUGAAGGUUUCCGGAAUUUGAAAAGUCUUUCUUUGUUUAAAGUUAGAAUGACUCAAGAUGCUUUUGAAAACAUGAUAUCUGGCUGCCCCCUGCUUGAAGAAUUGACAUUGGAUGAAAUUGAUGGUUUAUAUCUUAAACCUCCAACAACAUUUGAAGGCUUCCGGAAUUUGAAAAGUCUUUCUUUGUUUGAAGUUAGAAUGACUCAAGAUGCUUUUGAAAACAUGAUAUCUGGCUGCCACCUGCUUGAAGAAUUGACAUUAAAUGAAAUUGAUGGUUUAUGGAUUAAACCUCCAACAACAUUUGAAGGCUUCCGGAAUUUGAAAAGUCUUUCUUUGUUUGAAGUUAGAAUGACUCAAGAUGCUUUUGAAAACAUGAUAUCUGGCUGCCACCUGCUUGAAGAAUUGACAUUAAAUGAAAUUGAUGGUUUAUGGAUUAAACCUCCAACAACAUUUGAAGGCUUCCGGAAUUUGAAAAGUCUUUCUUUGUCUGUCGUUAGAAUGACUCAAGAUGCAUUUGAAAACAUGAUAUCUGGCUGCCCUCUGCUUGAAGAAUUGGCUUUGGAUAAAAUUGAUGGUUUAUGGCUUAAAGCUCCAACAACAUUUGAAGGUUUCCGGAAUUUGAAAAGUCUUUCUUUGUUUAAAGUUAGAAUGACUCAAGAUGCUUUUGAAAACAUGAUAUCUGGCUGCCCCCUGCUUGAAGAAUUGACAUUGGAUGAAAUUGAUGGUUUAUAUCUUAAACCUCCAACAACAUUUGAAGGCUUCCGGAAUUUGAAAAGUCUUUCUUUGUUUGAAGUUAGAAUGACUCAAGAUGCUUUUGAAAACAUGAUAUCUGGCUGCCACCUGCUUGAAGAAUUGACAUUAAAUGAAAUUGAUGGUUUAUGGAUUAAACCUCCAACAACAUUUGAAGGCUUCCGGAAUUUGAAAAGUCUUUCUUUGUUUGAAGUUAGAAUGACUCAAGAUGCUUUUGAAAACAUGAUAUCUGGCUGCCACCUGCUUGAAGAAUUGACAUUAAAUGAAAUUGAUGGUUUAUGGAUUAAACCUCCAACAACAUUUGAAGGCUUCCGGAAUUUGAAAAGUCUUUCUUUGUCUGUCGUUAGAAUGACUCCAGAUGCUUUUGAAAACAUGAUAUCUAGCUGCCCCCUACUUGAAGAAUUGACAUUGAAAGAAAUUGAUGGUUUAACACAGAUUAAUAUUCAUGCACCAAAUCUCAAGUGUUUAGAUAUCUUAUGUGAAUUUGAGAGUAUUAACUUUGACGACACUUUACAAUUAGCUCUAAGAGAUUCUCUUGUUUUGCCUCAGUAUUUGGCUGCAGGUAUUGUGCCAGUAAAGCUUCCUACACCUUGUAUCAAUCUAAAAAUUUUUCGUGUAAGCAUAAACUUCAAUGACUUGAAGAAAAUUUUGGCUGUUCUUUGCUUGCUCAACAGUUCACCUAAUCUUCGGAUUUUGAAUUUGUAUGGGCAUAAUGAGAAGGAGAAUGACCUUUUAAUGCCCGUCUCCUGUUGCUGGGAAGAUAUAUUUUCGGAGCCAUCCAUGCCUCUCGGAGUUCAACACAUGAUGAUAGAUGGCAUCUCUGGUACCAAAUCUGAAUUAGAUUUUAUCCAAUUUCUACUUCUAUAUUCUCCUGAUCUAGAAAAGAUGUUCGUGAAGCCUAUUGCAAACGUCAGAACUGAGGUAAUGACAAAACUAAUUCGGUUCAAGAGAGCAUCAAGACAAGCUGAAGUUAUCGACUAUGGAGAACUUCCUAAAGAUUUUGAUUAUCCUCAGUUUGAAUUUUAA